GCGGAAACCCCCAUCUUUGGAGCUGAAUGGCGGAGUCUACGACGCCGAUGGCACGGGACCAUCGUCCUUCCUCAACGUUUGGACUCAUCCUGUCGUCCGGGGUGGCCGUGACGUACCAUCCUCCCCGAGGCGAGCCGCUCCGCGGGAUCCUGUCGCUCAACAACGAAAUCCUGCGGUGGCGGUCCAAGGAGUUGCUUCCGUUCUUCCAGGUGAAAGAAGCGAUCGUGUUCAUGUCGUCCGUGACGAGCGUGCGACCCGGUCGACAAACAACCACGUUUCUCCGCACGUCCAAGUACAUCAAACCGAUUGAGCUCAUGGCAAGCGACGACAAAUGCAUCUCGCUCAUGCACACGGUGGCGUCGGACGAUGCCACGACGCAUUCGUUCGACAUCGAGUUCAAGUCGCCGCUGCUGUGCGAAGAAGCUCUUGCAUACCUUACAGACGUCAAGCAGAUUCCGUCCGAGACAGUCGACGCGUCAGCGGUCCCGCUGCCCCAAGGCCGGUCUGUGUUUUGCCAGCGGCUGUACUCGCACCCGACGUUUGGCCACGCGAUUCUAGCGUGCAUCGUGAUCAACAUCGUCACCAUGUCGAUGGAGUCGCCAGUGGAGUCGGACAAGUCGUUUCUCUUGGCCAUGUACGCGCUGGACACGGUGUUUGCCAUCAUUUUUACGGUGGAGCAGAUCGUCAAGAUCAUUGCGGUCGAAGGAGUCCGACCCCUCUUCCACGACAACUGGGACAUUGCCGACUUCUUGAUUAUCUCGACGACGUGGCUGUCAUGCAUCCCGACCUUCUCGGCGUGGAACAUGAGUGCGUUCCGGAGUUUUCGCGCGCUGCGGUCCCUUCGAUUCUUCAAAGGCCUGUCCGAGUUCUUCGACACGUUUCUCAAGACGCUGCCGAUGGUUGUGAACGCCCUGAGCUGUUUUGGGUACUUUCUCUUUCUCUUCACCGUCCUGGGCAUGUACUUGUUCAGCGAGGCGCUGACGUAUCGGUGCGCAGUCGAAGGGAUCGACGGAACCGUGGUCGAGGUGAUCCCGACCACGUACUGCCGCCCGGGCGACGACUCGACGUGCCUGGUCGGCCACGAGUGCCGCCCCAUGCUCAGCCCCAAUGGAGGGUACACGGGGUUCCACUCGUUUGAAGCGGCCUUCCUGACGGUCUUCAUGAUCUCGUCCCGCGCCGGGUUCGGGUCGUCCUUCGAUGCAACCGUCCAGACCAAGUCGUCGUUCAGCGUGCUCUACUUUCUCGCGCUCAUCAUUUUUGUGUCGUUUAUGAUUCCGUCGCUGUUCAUCGCGAUUGUUCGCAACUGCUUUACGUGUGUGGCCGUCAAACACCCGUCGUCGCACAAGUCGGAGCUCCAGUUGAAAAUGAACAUCUACAAGCUCAAGCAGCGCCCGCAGAUGCCUCCUCCCACCAACCACAUUCCAAACGUUGUCCAGUACGCGACAAAGCGAGUUGUCCAGGCCGUCAAGAGCUUCUUGGAUGCCACGUCGCACCAAACGCGGAGCCUGUCGACCCAGGACGGAAACAAUAGCAGCGCGACGGCCGACGAUACCACGUCGUCGUCAUUAGCCUUUGGAGACGACGACGGCGGAGGAAUCGGGUCCGAACCGCCUCGGUCCAUCCGAGUCGUCAACGAGAACGCUGUCAUGGUGUUCUUUCUCUUUCCCAGCGACGGCCGCGUCGUCCGGUGGUUUGAAUUCGUGUGCCGGAGCGCAACGUUUGAGCUGAUCGUCAACUUUCUCGUGUUGCUGAACGCGCUCCUCCUAACCAUGGAGCAAGCGUCGGCGCACGAACCGCCCGACUGGUACGAGGACCGCGUGGCGCUGGUCGACCACUCGUUCACGAUGAUUUUUUCGGCCGAGGUAUUUUGCCGUGUGCUGACCGACCACGGGCUCUGGCCGUACUUGCAAGACCCGUGGAAUCGCUUUGACUGCGCCAUCGUGUGCGGCGCGCUGGUCAAUUUUGUCGCAAAGUCCAAAAGCGUGUACGCGCCGGCGCAAGAACGCGUCGCGUUCAUCUUUCGCAUGUUUCGGUUCCUGCGUCCGUUUCGCAUGCUCCACACGCACAACCCACUGCUCAAGAUCGUUGAAGCGAUUCUGAGCAGCCUCGCGUCGCUAUUCGACCUCGUGCUCUUCAUGCUGCUCGGCAACGUGGUGUUUGCGAUUCUCGGCAUGAAUCUGUACGGCGGCAAGUUCCCCCCCGGACGCACGCACUUUGACACGUUUGGCGACGCAAUGCUGACGCUGUUCAAGAUCUCGAGCGGCCAUGGGACGUGGAGCAUCUUCUACGAUGCGCUGCACACCACAUCUGGUGCGAUUGCGACCACGUACUUCCUGAGCUACACGGUGUUUUCGGUCUACAUUACGCUCAACUUUAUGGUGGUGAUUUUGCUGAAAAAGUUCAGCGUGACGGAAGACGAGAAGCGCAAGCAACUUUGCGACCAAUUCAAGCAAUCGUUGGAGCAAGCGAUGGCAGCUUACCCCGACACAAACGAAGAAGCGUUCGUGCACGAAUUUGUCAAAGUCUUCCCGACCGAAACGAUGCACGUGACGUUGCCGCAGCAAUCGCCCGGCAAACCAAAGCUGGAGGACACCGCCGCGCCGUCGCCACGGAAAAAGCUCUCCCCGUGGACGAGGACGUUACGUCGCCCACUGACGGGACCCAAGCCAAAGUCCGGCAGUGCCGUGCUUCCGUUCUCGUCGCACGUGCUGCGCAAAGCGACGGCGAUUCUCCGCCCACCUUCCUACGAGCCCGUUGGACACGAUUGUUCAACGGGGGAGGCGAACCCCGAUGGACCACCGCACCGCCAGGCGCCGCAGCCGUCGCUCCCCGUGUGGUCCUGGCUGUACAACGACGUGUCCCUGUUUGUGUUUGGACCAGACAGCGAGAUCCGCAAGACGUGUGCCGAGCUCGAGUCCAAGACCGAAACUUUCAUAUGGGUGUGCAUCGUCAUUCGCAGCGCGCUGAUCACGCUGCAGAGCCCACUCUACAGCAACACAAUCCAGCAGUUUACCAACCUGAUCGAAUGGCUCUUUAUGCUCGUGCUCUUGUUUGAGUUCACGAUCAAGAUUGUGGGCAAGGGCUUUGCGUUUACGCCGAAUGCGUACCUGAACGACCCGUGGAACCAAAUGAACGUUGUCGUGCUGCUUGCGUGCAUCCUGCUGCUGUUGAUCCCGCAUUCGGACCUGAGCGAGUACUUUCACCUUGGCCGCGCGUUUGGCCCGGUCCGCGUCAUUCGCGGCAUGAAGAGCUUCAGCGUGAUCAUGAAUGCCCUCAUGUCGUCGCUCCACCAGGUCGUGUGGUGUGUCGUCGUCACGUGCUUUGGCUUUGUCGUGUUUGCCUUGAUCGGGCAGCAACUUUUUGCUGGCAAGUUUGAGAGCUGCAACGAUCGGUCGCCCAGCAUCAUCACGUAUGUGGACUGCGUGGGGGUGUUUAUUCACCCCGUGACCAAUACGCUCAUGCCGCGGGUGUGGGGCCACGUCAAGGGGAUCCAUUUUGACACGUUUGGCGGCGCUCUCGGCACCCUCUUUAGCGUUGUGUCCAAGAAAGCGUGGAUCGGGGUCAUGUACACUGCGAUGGACAUUGUCGGGGAGGGGCACCAGCCCCGCGAAGACGCGUCCAAGUACUUUGCGUUCUUCUUUGUCGCGUUUGUGUUUCUCAGCCGGUUCUACAUGCUCCGUGUGUUUGCCGGCGUGAUCGUCAACAACUUUCGUGCGCACAACGGGACGAUCCUCCUGUCGAAUCGACAGCUCAUUUGGCUUCGCAACAAGCGUCGCAUUGUGGCGCUCCACCCGCAGUAUCCCGCGCCCAGCACGACCACGAUGAAACUCGUCUACGAAGUUGUGAAGCACCCGACGUUCAAAGCGCUGUCGUCGAUAGCUGUGCUCACCCACGUGACGAUCUUGGCUCUGUCGGACGCCAACUCGCCCAAGAUUUGGGUCGCUCACCACUUUUUUACCAUCGUGUACGGCACGGAGGCCGCAUUGACCGUCAUGUCGAUGGGCAUUCGCGAGUUUCUCACACGGGGAUGGUCCUCCGAGGGCCUGAACGCGUGCUUGGUCAUUUGCAUGGUCAUGGGACCGCACAUGACGUCGUCCACGAGCGUGCUGGUCCUGGGCGUGCUGCGGGCAUUCGAUUUCAACCACUUGACGCUCGUCCUCGAACCAUUUCCGAACUUUCGGGGCCUGAGUUCGCUCUUCCAGACGAUCCUCGAGUCGACACGCGCCAUGGUCAAACUCACGCUGCUCCUCGGCUACGUCAUGUUUAUCUACGCUAACUUGGGCAUGCAACUCUUUUCCUUGACCAAGUGGGGCGUUGGGCUCGAUGGAAAUCUCAACUUUUCAACGUUCCCCCGUGCUUUUGCCGCCUUCAUCAAGUUUGCCGCUGGCGAAGACUGGUCGGACGCGUACCGCGCGUGCAGCGUGGCCCCGCCAAACUGCGUCUACCGCGUCGGGUCUGAAAAAUCCGACUGCGGCUCCAAGGGCCUCUCGACCAUUUUUUACUACUCGUACUUUGUCCUGGUCUUCCUCAUCCUCCAAAAUUUCUUUGUCGCGGUGGUUCUCGACACGUACGUCAGUACGUCCGCGAUGCUGUCCGAGAGCGACUCGCUCAACAAAGUCGGGUUCAACGUGAACCAUCUCCAAGCGUUUCGAUCGAUCUGGUCGCGGUGCGAUGUCCAGGCGCUGGGGUACAUGUCCCGGCGGAAGCUCCUGUGGUUUCUCAAGGAGCUGAACCCGCCGCUGGGACUCAACACCGGCCGCGACGCGUCCGACCCACUCGACAAGCGGUUUAUGGACACCGACGGCAUGGCAAUAUAUGUCGAAGUCAUGGCUCGUUUGGAUGAACUCACCCAUCGUCGGCACUUGCUUCGCGGCGAAAGAUACGAAGACAAGAUGAUUCGCUUUAAGGACUUGCUCCUGAUCUUGACCCAGCGCACCGUGCCGUGCGAGGGCCUCACCAUCAGCGAAAAAGUCAUCGAACUCUCGACAAGGCACUACAUUGAUCGCUACCGCGCGGCGAUCAAGAUCCAAAAGACUUUUCGUGGCAGCCUGGUCGCCACUCGGAAGCGACGACGCCGGGGAAGCAGCACCAACGCGCCGGGGGGGCAGUCGGAUGGACAGUCAUACCACUACUACAGGCACGUGUCCCAGUUGGUCGGGUAGCCCGGGCGAGGUACGCAAUUCUUUUGCCCCAGAAGCCAGCGACGAUGCUCGCCAUAACGUUCGCUAGCAAGACUUCCACAUUCAUUCGUGAUCACAUCAUGACACCAGGACAUGUGUAGUGUGU